GAGGAGGAGGUGCGGCCAUGUUUGGGAUGAAGGAUGGAUGGAGGACGGUUGGAGGAGGAGGAGGCUUCAUAAAGUCAGAACCAGACUUCAGACGCUCACUUCUGUCCAGCCCCCCCACGUCCCAGCAGCCCUGCACCGCACGUGUGAGUCGUCGUAGCGUCGCCCACAGCGCCCCCUGCAGUCAUGUGUGAUGAAGAGGAGAGCACCGCGCUGGUCUGUGAUAACGGAUCUGGGCUCUGUAAGGCCGGGUUCGCCGGAGACGACGCCCCCAGAGCCGUGUUCCCCUCCAUCGUGGGCCGGCCCCGGCACCAGGGCGUGAUGGUGGGCAUGGGGCAGAAGGACAGCUACGUGGGCGACGAGGCUCAGAGCAAGAGAGGAAUCCUGACCCUGAAGUACCCCAUCGAACACGGCAUCAUCACCAACUGGGACGACAUGGAGAAGAUCUGGCAUCACUCAUUCUACAACGAGCUGCGAGUGGCUCCUGAAGAGCAUCCGACUCUACUGACCGAAGCUCCACUCAACCCCAAAGCCAACAGGGAGAAGAUGACGCAGAUCAUGUUUGAGACCUUCAACGUUCCUGCCAUGUACGUGGCCAUCCAGGCCGUCCUGUCUCUGUACGCGUCUGGAAGAACCACAGGUAUCGUCCUGGACUCAGGUGACGGCGUCACCCACAACGUUCCGAUCUACGAGGGCUACGCUCUGCCCCACGCCAUCAUGAGGCUGGACCUGGCAGGACGCGACCUCACUGACUACCUCAUGAAGAUCCUCACCGAGCGAGGAUACAGCUUCGUCACCACAGCGGAGAGGGAGAUCGUGCGGGACAUCAAGGAGAAGUUGUGCUACGUGGCGCUGGACUUUGAGAAUGAGAUGGGGACGGCGGCCACCUCAUCUUCUCUGGAGAAGAGCUACGAGUUACCUGAUGGACAGGUGAUCACCAUCGGCAACGAGAGGUUCCGCUGCCCAGAGACGCUGUUCCAGCCAUCCUUCAUCGGUAUGGAGUCGGCAGGUAUCCACGAGACGACCUACAACAGCAUCAUGAAGUGUGACAUCGACAUCAGGAAGGAUCUGUACGCCAACAACGUUCUGUCCGGAGGAACCACCAUGUACCCCGGGAUCGCAGACCGCAUGCAGAAGGAGAUCACCGCUCUGGCUCCCAGCACCAUGAAGAUCAAGAUCAUCGCCCCCCAGAGAGGAAGUACUCGGUGUGGAUCGGAGGUUCCAUCCUGGCGUCUCUGUCCACCUUCCAGCAGAUGUGGAUCAGUAAGCAAGAGUACGACGAGGCCGGACCGUCCAUCGUCCACCGCAAGUGUUUCUAGAGGUGCUGCUGUAGCCCCGCCCCCCGCCGCCAUUUGUAGCCCCGCCCCCCACGCCAUUUUUAUUUUAACCCCACUGAGCACCAGCCCCGUCUCCAGCCGUCCAGAUCUCCGUCAGGUUUCCUCUCUGCUCAUGUCAAACUGUGAACCUCGUCCCUCCUUAGCCCCGCCCACCCCACCUGUCCCUCCACCUAUGUUCCCGCCCCCUCCGUCCUCCAUGUUGUGUCUUGUCAGAAAGUUUGUUUUUAUUUUUGAUGACUAAAGCUUGAAUGUUUCCCGCUGGUGUCGCCUCCCGUUGUCGGGGAACUGAGCGUGCUCAUGAAACGUCAUGAUGAUGUCACACGGCAGGUGAACAGGAGGCGUGGCCUCGGUAGAAGGUGAUGUGAUGUAACGUGGAGGUGACAGCCUGAAAGACAAUAAAGAGCUCUCAUACAAGAA